AUGGACCCGCUCUACGACGACGCGUGCUACUCGGACAAGCUCGGCGGCAACAACAUCCACCGGUGCGGCCAGCGCAUCGGCUCGUGCGCCGCCAUCCUCGGCUACGCGGACGCGUCGCAGCCCUUCCUCGCCUGGUGGCGGAACUGGCUCGUCGAGAAGACGGACGCGGCGACGGGCGUGCUCUGCCCCGCGCACAUCCCGCGGAUCCAGUGCGUCGGCGGCGCGAUGCCGACGCGGGGCGUGGAACUCGGCUUCUCGAACGCGAGCCAGCCCUUCGCGCGCGAGGUCCUCGACCUGACGCUGGGCCUCCAGACGAGCCAGGGCGCCUGGUCCGACGGCGCGGCGGACCAGCUCGGCUCGCUCACGCUCGACGGCGUCGUCCAGAUGACGCGCGCCGCGGCCCAGCUCGGCGGCGCCUACCGCUGGGACGACGCGCGCGCGGCCUGCCGCAGGACCCUCGAGCUGUCGGCGAAGCGGCUCAACGACGCGCGCUUCGUCAUGGCCAACUUCGGCGCGACGUCGCACGACCUGCCGAACGUCGUCGCCGCCGCGGCCGAGUGCGCGCGCGCGUUCCCCGCGGACGUCAAGACGGACCGGCCCUGGACCUGCUGCGCGCGCUACGUUCCGCAGCCGCCCGCCAUGCCGCCAUCGCUGCUGCUGCUGCUGGCGACCGCCGCCGCCCUCACUGCGCCGACGUCCCGGCGCUGGACCUGGGCGCACAGCGGCGGCGGGCCCGUGGACAUCCACUACACGGCCUGCGGCCCCGCCGACGCGCGCUCCUGCGUCGUCUUCGCGCCGGGCUUCGGCGCCGGCAGCUUCCAGUUCGAGGAAGUCGCGUCGCUCGUCGCGGACCGCGGGCACGCGGUCUACUGCAUGGACUGGUUCGGGCAGGGCAAAUCGUGGCCCGACGAGGCGCGCGCCGGCGCGCGCUUCGGCAUCGAGAGCUGGGCGCGCCAAUUGACGGACUUCCUCGCGUCGGAAGAGCUCGCGCGCCACGGCGCCGUCUUCGUCGCCGGCAACUCCGUCGGCGGGCUGACGGCGGCCGUCGCGGCGGCGCGCGGCGAGGCCCGCGUCGACGGCCUCGUGCUGCUGAACCCGACGCCGUUCUGGUCCUUCUGGGGGCCCGGCGGGUCGCCGUUCUGGGACGGCGCGCUCCCCGCGCCGGGGCCGCUCCGCGCGUUCGCCGCGGCGUGGUUCGACGCGCUCCGGAGCCCCGCCGUCGUGCGCUCGCUGCUGUCCGAGGUCUACGCGACGAAGGACGCCUGCGACGAGGCGCUCGCGGCGCAGAUCUGCGACGCCGCGUCGCACCCCGUCGGGCCCGACGCCUUCGCGAGCAUCCUCUUCAGCGGGCGGUCGCGGCUCGAGUUCGCCGACGCGCUCGAGGCGCUCGCGGGGCAGCGGGACCUGCGCCUCGCGCUCAUCUACGGCAAGGAGGACCCCUGGAUCCAGCCCGUCUGGGGCCAGCGCGCCGCGCGGCGCCUCGCGCGCGCCGGCGCCGCCUUCGACUACGUUGAGUGCUCGCCGAGCGGCCACUGCCCGCACCACGAGACGCCGCGCGCCGUCGACGCCAGCGUCGACGCCGCCCUCGGCCACCUCCUCGGCGCCUGGACCGGGGAGGCUUCGCCGCCGCCGCUGCCGGCGGAGCCCGUCGUCGAGCGGGACGGGCGCCGCGUCUCCGUGGCCGCGUGCGACGGCGAGCCCCGGGGCCUCGUUGAGCGCGUCGCCGCGCUCGCGAGUAAUAUCUAG